GAUGGAGGGAUUGAUGGUCAGACCGAGCGACAGAGCCGUCCCUGAGGCUCCGGCGCGGCCCCUCACGGGCUUCCCCCGGCCGGCCUGUCCCUCCCGGCCUCCGAAGGAACAGCAGGGGCGGGACUCUUACCUCUAGGCUGUGCUUGCGGUCGGUGGCGAGGCAGGGGGCGUUAAUCCAGUGGAAGGCAGGGAAAGGCAUUCCAGGCGGGCGCCUCCGGCUGUGUCAGGCCGGCGAGGCAGCUGCAGCAGGCCCAGCUGGGCCUGGAUCUGGCCCUCUCGUGCAAGAGUGUAUCUGGUAUCUGGUAUUGCCCACACCAAUGUGUCACAGUGUAUUGGGGAAAAAAAAAAUCAAUGUUGUAAAGAAAUCUGUCAUUUAGUAACAUCGGUGGGAGCAGAGGAGUCUCGGUGCUUUGUGAAGCCAAGCCCUGGAUACUCCGUGGAAAUGGAGCAUAACUCAUUGUAGGGAAGGGUGCAAGAGAUGGGAGGCUGGCUUCAGCUGGGUUGAUUUUAAUUGUUAGUGGUGAAUUAGGUUUUAGUAAGUACUUAACAGGCAGGUAUCUCAGGCAAAGAGAAUAUUUCAAACCCUGUGAUUUUCUACAGAAAGAUUAGCUCUUGUCAGUCAGCCAGAUUUUUCCUUUUUGUCUGUCCACUAUGCAGACUGUAAGAUUUCUUUCUCGUCACUUAAAUAUUUAUUCAAUAUAAAUAAAUGUUGCAUUGCAGCUUUCGACAGGCACAGCUGGAGACUGUAGGAAGACACAUGCCAAAGUGAGUCUCAGUCCCCUGAGACACCUUCAAGAGGUAGAACACUGCAUGGCAAAGCAGCACUUGCCACAGGCACACCACUGGGUUCCUCUGGCAAGACUCUUCAGCAGCUUGCGGGGAAGAGUUUUAUCCCAGUCAGACAGCUGUGCCUCAAAGUUGGUAGGCAUCCAACAAGACUUCACAGCAUGGUAUUUCUGGACAUGCUCCAAGAAGAGAACGAUCCAAACAGGACCAUUUGCUGAUGAAAAAAGAUCAGAGUUAACCAGCUGCAGUCUGGAGGAUGGGAGCCCAUCCAGCUUGGAGGAAGUCAGGGAGGAAUAUGUCAGGAGGCAAUUCGGCAGUCACAGCGCUACAUCAGCCUCAGAAGAUAUGAGUGAAAGUGACUCUGCCAUCUGGUAUUUGCUUCAAGAAUCUGAACAACAAACACUGGAAGAAUAUGGGAAGCCAGAAUUGAUUCAGUUUUCAGACACUUCAUCCCCAGACCUAGUGGAAUUUGAACGAUACCUGUAUUUUUAUAAGCACACAGUGGACCUGCUGAUAGAGCAUGGAAUUGUUUCCACUGGAGAGGUGCCUCUUCCUGAGGUCUCCACAGCUAUUUCCCAUCUCUGGCAAGAGCUUUCUGAAGAGAGCAGGGACAGCAUCUUGCAGUACUGUAGCCAGAGAGAUUUCCUCAUGGAUCCCAAGGCUGCUUGCCCAGAGCCUGCUUGCACUGAAGGUAGUGUGAGGGACAGCGGAGGUAACAGUGAGGAAGCCAGUGGUUCCUUACUCUCCACACCAGAGGAAGUGAUGUUUGAAGAUGCAUUUGAUGUUGCUGCUGGUUUCCUUGACAGAAGCAAGGCUCAGGGAAUGUCCAGCCAGAGUUCAGCAUUUGCAAGCUGCACUUCUGAAAAUCCAGAGGAUCACCAGAGACUCUAUCUGCAGGUCACUGGGUUCCUGAAACACCUCUUCUUCACUAAUACACAGUUUUGCCAGGAAGAAGAUCUUCACUAUGAUCAUGAGACUGUGAUGCUGCGGUGCACAGAGACCUUCGAUGAUGAAGAUUUCUAAACAGUAUCCCCACUAUCUCUACUUGGCCAAGCACUGCCAGGCACACCAGGUGUGGGAGGAGGCUUCACCUCCUCCAGUGAGCUACCUCUAAGCAGAGUGUGGAGACACUGUGUUGAACUGGUUUGUUACCAUCUCCUUCCCUCAUUAGUACUUCUUGAUAUAUCAGUUGACUAAUUUAUACUUUUUAAAGGUUUUAAAGGUCUUAGCUAUUUAUUAAUAAAGAUUUUUACCCAUUGCUAUUUAAUGUUUAGCCUUGCUUCACAAAGAAACUGAGGCAUGCACAGUUAAGUGACCUUGCCUAGCACAAGGUAUGGGAAGAGCAGCAGGGAGGCCAGAUCGGUGGCAGUCUGCAUGCUCCCACAGGAUGCAGGUCUCAAACUGCAACCUGCAAAAGUCACCUGGCACUGAUUACUUUUCUGGUGCAAUUUUUUAUCUUGGGCUGACAAAGAAAGAGGGAUUUGCUCACGGAGAGUGGGAUGAGGCUCUUGUAUCUCUUUAUGAGGACAGCAGCAGUAAGCACCCACUUCCCAGUCACCCAGAAAAGUGCAGGCACAGUAAUACACUUUGGAUUAUUUAUUUUGGUGAAGUGUGUAAAGCCAAGUGAUCAGUCCUGUGCUCUUCUACAUCUAAUUCUUGGAUGAGUAGUGCUGCCCAGAUAGUGUCUUGGAAUUAAAAGUGCUGUGAAAUUGAAUAAAGUCCUUCA